AUGAUUAUUGCCGCUCGAUUUCACCCUACAGGCAACAUUCCGACAUGGCUACAGACCGAGAGUUCGCUGCUGCGCGACUGGCUUGGCUUCCACCAGGUUGGGAAGGCGGACGUGCGCGCUUUCAGAGGUUACAACGUGACAGCGCUGCCUGCCGACGUGGCGGCAAAGGCUAACGCGUUGCGGCAGGACUUUGCCACAAAGAAUCCUGCGCCACAGAAGUUGGCGCGGGCUCAGAAAGCGGAGCGGAACGUUUCUGUUGCUGGGAAGAAGGCACGCGAAAUCACCCAGGCACUUGAGGAUGCGAUCAAGGCCAGUGAUGAGGUCGUGCUCAAAAGCGUGAUUUCUCAAGCCAAGGAGGCGGGCAUCGAAAAAAGCAUCAUCGACGAAGCUGAGACCGUGCUGGAGUCAUUGGCAGCUUCCAAGAAGCUGCAGGCAGCCAUGCAAAGCAGAGACCCUACUGCACUGGUUCAGGCCAUCAUCCUGGCAAAGAUGACCGGUGUCGAUGAAGAGAAGGUUCAGCAGGCAGAAGACCUGAUGAACGAGCUCGUCGUCCCGUCUGAAGAGCAUGGUAGAUCCUUCUAUGCCCCAGCUCCGAAGACUGAGAAAGAGUCAGUGGCAGAGGAGGCUCCCACACAGAAGAAGAAGAAGAAAAGCUGGGCGGGACUCUUGAACACUGGACCGAAGUAUGCAGGCCGAAAUCGGGAGGAGGACGAUGCGCCGCCCCCUGAGCCGGAGCCCGUCAAGCCGGCACCUGAAGCCACCAUGCCCGAAAGCACAGGAAAAGAAGGAAAGGCCAAGGGCAAAGGCAAAGGCAAAGAUGGAAAGGACGGGAAGGGAAAGGAUGGAAAGGACGAUGGCAAGCCUUACUUGGUGGUGGACCCCGACGCCGGAGCUGGUGUUGAACUCACUGCGACAUGUUGGGGGAUGCACGUCGACGAAGUCGAGGACGAGCCCGGCCAACCGCAUCUUCAGGCGGGUUGCACCAUCACCGCCAUCGACGGAACCAGCCUGCUGGGCUUGGAGGAUGAGGAUGCCGUGGUCGCCACCUUCGGUGAGAAGUUCAAGCAUGGGGCGAUCAUCGAGGUUGACCCCGCAACCUUUGACACUUUGGAGCUGCCGCCAGAUGCCACGCAUUGGCCUGUGAGCUUCCAGGAGGAUCUGGACAUGCUCGCUUCGAAGUUCGCCUUGGAUUGCAGCAUCUCCAAGCUUGGCUUGGAGCUGGCAGGGCCGUCGGUGGCCAUGGAGCCUGCAAAGCUUGAGCUCCGGCAGCUCUUGGAUUUUUACGUCCAUGGCCAGUCAGCCGAGCAACAGAAGCAACGAAAGGUGGACCAGGAGGCUAUCCAGAUGGCUAUUCGCCAGAACCAAGAGAGAUUGCGCCGAGAAGCGGAGGAGUAUGCUGCGUGGCAGGCGUAUGUUCAACAAAUGCAGGACACCUAUACUGCAUAUGCGAUUGCAGCUCAUCAGGCCAUGCAGCAACAGAUGAUGCAAGUUGCAAUGCAACAGCAAGCUAUGCAGCAACAUGCUAUGGCCAUGCAGCAUCAGCACCAGACAAUGGCGAUGCCACAGGCUGCGCCACAGCAUGCAAUGCAGCAGCAAGCAUGGCAGCAGCCAUGUGCUCCAUACGCUCAGCAACCCCAGUCGAUGUAUGGUGCAAAUGCUCAGGCAAUGUUUCAGAUGCCUGCAGAGUGGGUUCUAUAUUAUAACCAGCAAGGCCAGCCAUAUUACUACAAUGAAAGGACAGGUGAAAGCGCAUGGUCUCUUGCACCAGGAACCAACUUCAGGCAGGGUGGCCAAGCCGCAUGUGGCGGUUGUGGCUGUGGAGGGUGUGGCAUGCCGUAUGGUCAGCAACAGCCCAUGUGGGGUCAGCCGGGGUACGGUCACCCCUGGGGCUAG